GGGGAAUAAAUAAAUUAUUUAAAAAAGAUAAAAAAGAAGCACUGAUCCGGCGGGUCCAGUCGGCUGGAGCGGCGCAGGAGGGAGGCGCUGGAGGAAGCUGCAGCCGGGGCAGCCGGGGAAGCUCGGAAGGCCCAGCCCGCCCUGCGGCGGUGGCAAGUGGACUUUGUCCCCCCGGAAGCCACCGCGCCGCAGGGGCCCUCCUGCCGCCGGUGGCCCACUGGUGAUGCCGACAGCCCCCCCAGACAUCGCCUGAGAGCACCAUGGCAGAGCUCUGCAGCGUGCCCCCCGAGAUCCUCUUCCCGGUGGCCAACGAGACGCUGGAGCUGGCCCUGGGGAGCUGGGUAGCCCUGAACUGCACCGUGCGCUGGGCAGCCACCGAGCACUGCCAGCCUGUCCCUGCCUGGAGCAAGGACGGGCAGUGGCUGGGCAGCGAGAGCAGCCAGGACACCACCUGGUUUGGCCAAAAUGCCUCAGAGCGGCUCCUCGCCAGCGUCCUGCAGCUCAACCUGACACAGGAUGCCGAUUUCGGGGUGUUUGCCUGCUGGGUCAGCAAUGCCACGGCCACCUUCACCCUGCGGCGAGUGGAGGCGGCAGGGCACGUGCCCGCGGUGCUGGCAGCCCUCCUGGUCCUGGCACUCCUGGUGCUCCUGGCCGGGCUCUACGUCCGAUGCCGCCUGAGCAUCCUCCUCUGGUACCGCAACCGCUACGGAGAGCUGGAGAUCAACGAUGGGAAGCUGUACGAUGCCUACGUCUCCCACGCCGCUGCCCCUGAUGACCGAAAGUUUGUCCACUUCAUCAUGAAGCCGCAGCUAGAAAACCGCUACGGCUACAAGCUCUUCCUGGACGAGCAAACCAUCCUGCCCAACUCAGAGCCCUCGGCCGACCUGAUCAUGAACGUGAGCCGGUGCCGGCGUCUCAUCGUGGUCCUCUCCGUCGCAUACCUGGAGCAAGACUGGUGCAACAGCAGCUUCAGGGAAGGGCUGUGGAGGCUGCUGGAGCUUUCCAAGAAGCCCAUCUUCAUCGUCUUCGAGAGCCAGUACCGGGAGAUCACCCACCCUGCCAUCAGCCUGCUGAAGCAGCACCGGAGCACCGUGACCUUGCUGGUGUGGCGAGCAGGCUCCAUGACCCCCUCGUCGGACUUCUGGAAGGAGCUGUGCCUGGCCCUGCCCCGCAAGGUGUCCUUCCAGGGGACCAUGGGGGACCCGCAGACCCAGCUGCAGGAGGACAAGGACCCCAUGCUGAUCCUGCACAGCAGCUACCUGGACAGCGGUGGGGACCUCCACCCCGACGGGGACCUCGGCACAGGCCUCCGGGGGUGUGUUUUCGGAAGCCCCCCGCCUCCCCGCAUCGGUGGCCCUGGCACUCCCGUGGCUUCGGCUGCUGGCACGAGGGAGGACACGCAGCUGAGGGACAGCCAGAGGCCCGAGCUCGACAUCUCCGACCUGGGGUCACGCAACUACGGCGCCCGCACGGACUUCUACUGCCUGGUGACAGAGGAUGACAUCUGAGGGGGGCAUGGGACAGCAAAGGCAGGGUCCCCCUUUCCAUGGGACUGCACAGACAUGGAUCACGGGCAGAGGAGCCUGGGCUUUAGGAUGGGACCGAAGCACAGGUCUCGGAGGGAAUGACAGGAGCUGGCUCCUCCUGGCAGCACGCUCUGUGGCGGAACACCAUUCCCAGGGGAUACCCCUGCCCCCAGAGCCUGGGCACCCAUGGGUGCUGGGCUCCCCUCCCUCCCCAUGGGCUGCAGGGACAUUUUUCCUGCCUGAUGGACCGGCGCUGGGAUGGGUGAUGUUCUCUGAGGAGCAGCGUGCCCCAGUCCCAGGGGCUGUGAAGUGCCCGAGGGGAGCGGCCGCAGCACCUUCUCUCCCAGGGAAAGUCCCGUGGCAA